AUGGGCCCCCUCUCGCCGCGACUGCUGAUCCAGCGGGGGCGACCCAAGAGCGACCGGCUGGGGAAGAUCCGGAGCCUGGACCUGUCAGGGCUGAAUCUGCUCUCAGAGCACUUGGACCCCAAGCUCCUGAGCCGCCUGAAGCAGCUGCAGGAGCUGGACCUCUCCAACAACCAACUGGAGACGCUGCCCGCCAACCUGGGCCUGUCCCACCUGCGCAUACUCCGCUGCGCCAACAACCAGUUGGGCGAUGUCACUGUCCUCUGCCAGUUCCCACAGCUCGAGGAGCUCAGCCUGGAGGGCAACCCCUUUCUGACAGUCAGUGACAACCUGAAAGUUUCCUUCCUCCUGCCCAAGCUCCGUAAGGUCAACGGCAAGGAUGCUUCCUCCACUUGCUCUCAGGUGGAGAGCCUGAACCGGGAGCUGACCAGCAGGGUCACAGCUCACUGGGAGAAGUUCAUGGCCGCACUGAGCCCAGAGGAGGAGGCUGAGAAGGCCCAGGCGGACUUUGUGAGGUCUGCCGUCAGAGAUGUCCGCUAUGGGCCCGAGUCCCUCAGCGACUUCACCCAGUGGAGGGUGCGGAUGAUCUCUGAGGAGCUGGUGGCCUCUGGUGGGACACAGGUGCAUGAGGCAAACAUCUCAGAGAGGCCCCCGAAAGCCACCGCUACCCAGGAGCCUAGGGCCAGGCCAGUGGCCUCGAAGCGGCCAGGUGAUUUCCCAGUCAAUCUGUCUCCCAACAAGCGGGUGUGCACCUCCCCGUUGGCCCACGUGGAGGGCAGCCCCGUGGGCUCUGCUGGCAGCCAGACCGCCCUGCAGCUGGAGCCCCUGCACUUCCUGCAAUGCCACAGCAAGAACAACAGCCCUCGUGACCUGGAGACCCAGCUCUGGGCCUGCGCCUUCGAGCCAGCCUGGGACGAGGGUACAUCCUUGGGGGGGCAGGCAGGGGCCACGUCCCAGACCGUGGCCACGUGUGGCGGGGAGGCCGUGUGUGUGAUCGACUGCCAGACGGGCAUCGUCCUGCACAAGUACAAGGCGCCCAGCGAGGAGUUCUUCUCAGUGGCCUGGACAGCCCUGACAGUGGUCACACAGGCAGGCCACAAGAAGCGCUGGAGCGUGCUGGCAGCUGCAGGCCUGCGGGGCCUGGUCCGGCUGCUGCACGUGCAGGCCGGCUUCUGCUGCGGGCUCAUCCGGGCCCACAAGAAGGCCAUUGCGACUCUCUGUUUCAGCCCCACACACGAGACCCACCUCUUCACGGCCUCCUACGACAAGCGGAUCAUCCUCUGGGACAUCGGGGUGCCCAACCACGAUUACGAAUUCCAGGCCAGCCAGCUGCUCACACUCGACACCACCUCCAUCGCCCUGCGCCUCUGCCCCGUCGCCUCCUGCCCGGAUGCCUACCUGCUGGCCGGCUGCGAGGGUGGCUGCCAUUGCUGGGACGUGCGGCUGGACCAGCCUCAGAAGAGGAGGGUGUGUGAAGCGGAGUUCGUCUUCUCCGAGGGCUCCGAGGCAACUGGACGGAGAGUGGACGGGCUGGCGUUCGUGAACGAGGACGUCGUGGCCUCCAAGGGGAGUAGCCGGGGCACCAUCUGCCUGUGGAGCUGGAGCCAGACGUGGCAGGGCCGGGGCAGCAGGUCCACAGUGGCCGUCGUGGUCCUGGCCCGGCUGCAGUGGUCGCCCACCGAGCUCGCCUACUUCUCGCUCAGCACCUGUCCUGGUGAGGGGAUGGUGCUCUGCGGGGACGAGGAGGGCAACGUGUGGAUCUACGACGUCAGGCCCCUCGUGGCGCAGCAGCCCCCGCCGCCGGCCGCCCCGCAGGCCCCCACGCAGAUCCUUAAGUGGCCCCAGCCCCGGGCCCUGGGCCAGACGGUGAACAGGACCAUGGUGAACAUGGUGGUGGCCGACCCCACCUUCACCUACCUCACUGCACUGACGGACUCCAACAUUGUCGCCAUCUGGAGGAGAAACCGGCCUUGACUGCGGGGCGC